AUAGCGAACGGUUCGUUCCAACGGUAUCUCGCUGCUCAUACAAACACAUACAUAGACAUACAUGCCUGUGUGUGUGUGUGUGUGCCUUACAUAUAUCUAAUUACACACGAGUCUUGUGUGGCUUCGACUCUUGCUUGAGCAAAUAUUAUUAGAACAAACAGCAGACAAAAAGUGAAGUGCAAAAAACAAACGCAAAAAGAGCAAGCGAAAAGCACACCCAGAGGUGUGUGUGCGUGUGUGAGUGUGUGUGUGAUCCUGCAUCCUGCAUCCUGCAUCCCGCAUCCUCCAGCCAUAAUGCACACUCUAUUCAGCGAUCAGAACUCCUUCUCCCGCCACUAUGCCCAAACGGCCGCCGGCUACAGCUCCGCCUCGGCGGUGGCAGCGGCCAGCAGCGCCUCAGCGGCAGCAGCCGCCCACUAUGCCUACGAUCAGUACUCCCGCUACCCGUACUCGGCCAGUGCCUAUGGCCUGGGUGCCCCGCACCAGAACAAGGAGAUUGUGAAGCCGCCGUACUCCUACAUCGCGCUCAUAGCCAUGGCCAUCCAGAAUGCGGCGGACAAGAAGGUGACGCUGAACGGCAUCUAUCAGUACAUCAUGGAGCGCUUUCCCUACUAUCGGGACAACAAGCAGGGCUGGCAGAACUCCAUCAGGCACAAUCUCAGCCUCAACGAGUGCUUCGUGAAGGUGGCGCGGGAUGACAAGAAGCCGGGCAAAGGCUCCUACUGGACCCUCGAUCCCGACUCCUACAACAUGUUCGACAAUGGAUCGUUCCUGCGGCGGCGACGCCGCUUCAAGAAGAAGGAUGUGAUGCGCGAGAAGGAGGAGGCCAUCAAGCGGCAGGCCAUGAUGAACGAGAAGCUCGCCGAGAUGAAGCCCCUCAAGCUGAUGACCAACGGCAUACUGGAGGCCAAGCACAUGGCCGCCCACGCCGCACACUUCAAGAAGGAGCCGCUCAUGGAUCUGGGCUGCCUCAGCGGCAAGGAUGUCUCCCACGCGGCCAUGCUCAACUCCUGCCACGACAGCCUCGCGCAGAUGAAUCACCUGGCUGGCGGUGUGGGCGUGGAGCAUGCCGGCUUCACGGUGGACUCCCUCAUGAAUGUCUACAAUCCGCGCAUCCACCACAGCGCCUAUCCGUACCACCUGAACGACGACAACCUCGCGUCGGUGGCCAGCAGCCAGAUGCAUCACGUGCACCAUGCGGCGGCCGCUCAUCACGUGCAGCAGCUGCGGCAUGUGGGGCAUCCCCUGACACCCGGCGGUGGUGGUGCAGGAGGAGCGGGACACAACAGUGGGGGUGCCAAUGGUGGCCUACAAUCCUCGGGACACUCACCCACAACGAUCUCAACGCCGCAUGGACCGGCGCACGGGGGUUGGUACACGCCGGAGACGCCGCCCUCGGAGCCCAUACCCAAUGGCGGGCAGCAGGGCACGCCCACGCACCCCGGACACACGAACAACCCGAACCCGAACCCCAACAACAACAACAACAACAACAACAACUCGAGUGUGCACAACAACAACCACAGUCACAGCCACAGCCACAGUCACAGCCAUAGUCACAGUCACAGUCACAAUGGAGGCGGCGCCUCCUCCGUGCUGACGAGCAGUCCCAGCUCCGCCCUGGGUUUCCGCGACAUGAUCUUCGAGCAGAACCAAUCCUGCCAGCUGGACUCGGGCAGUCCCACGGGCAGCCUGCAGUCCGCCAGUCCGCCGGCGUCCGCGAGCGUGGCAGCAGCCUCGGCAGCGGCGGCAGCGGCGGUCAUCAGCAGCCAUCACCAUCAUCAUCAUCAUCAUGCGCUGAGCGGGAAUCUGGGGCAGCUCGGCCAGCUGGGGCAGCUGAGCAACCUGAGCCACUAUCGGCCACACAUGGGCCACUACCAGGAGUACGGCAUCAAGUACGGUGUCUAAGGGAGGGGAGAGGGA